AACUCGUAGACCUCAACCCUGAGAUAGUAAGAAGGCAAUCAAUGAUUGGAUCCUCAAAUCUACGGACCAAUCGGCGAAGGCGUUGUUCAAACAGACGACGCUUUGAGUUUUGAUCUUGCAAGCUAUCGUUAGCCGCAGAAGCUCAGCUGCUUGAAGAUGUCGGUGAAGCGGGGGAUUGGCGACUCUGCGUAUUUAAAGAAGAGGAUUCCACAGAAUCCAAAAUAUCAACAUGUAAAAACACGACUUGAUACAGGCUCCAGCCUGACAAAGUACAUGGAGAGACUAGAGGAGGCAAGGAAAAACUACAGAUAUAGGAAGGACGAGCUGUUUAAAAGACUGAAAGUGACUACAUUUGCACAGCUGGUAAUCCAAGUUGCUUCAGUGUCAGAUCAGAAUGACAACAUUAAAGAUGAAAUGGUGGGAUUAGAAGAUGAUGUUUCAAUAUUCUCUGCAUCACCGGGCCUCGACCGUCUCUCUGAUCAGACGAAUGGCUCCCCCCAGCCGACGCUUCUUCCCCCACUGAGUAUCAACAAUGAUGAAUCCGGCGACACUGCAUUUUCUCCUAGAUCUACACUCCAAAGUGUCAUCAGUGGCGUGGGAGAAAUGGAUCUGGACAAGAAUGGACAGAAGAGCAUCCAAAACUCUCCAGUGCCUACCUCCAACAUCCCAGAGUGCCCUUAUCCUGACUGCCCUUAUCUAUUGCUGGAUGUGCGGGACAGAGAACAGUAUGACCAGUGCCAUAUUACCAGUGCAUAUAGUUACCCCAUUGCGACCUUAUCAAGGACAAUGAACCCAUACACGAAAGAAGUUCUCGAUUAUAAAAAUGCAUCAGGGAAGAUCAUAAUCCUGUAUGAUGAGGAUGAGAGGAUAGCAAGUCAAGCCGCCACCACCAUGUGUGAGAGAGGCUUCGAGAAUCUCUUCAUGUUGUCAGGGGGUUUAAAAGUGGUUGCUCAGAAGUUCCCUGAGGGAAUGACAACUGGCUCCAUUCCCAUCUCCUGUCUGCCGUCACCCUCUGGACCUGGAGGUCGUAAGCGAUCGGUUCCACAGCAGACGUCACAGCCAGCAGAAAAAAAGUGGCGGUUCACCUCAGAAGACCUCAGCAAAAUCCAGCAUUACCUAGAAGAAGUGUACAUACCCAGUGAGCCCAGCAGUCGUCUAAGCAGCAGAAUGUCCACUAGCAGCGCUCGCUCUAAAGCAUCUACAGCUCGGAGCAGUCGACAAGGAUCGUCCAUAGCAGGAUCAGAAAGUGCUCGUUCACGGAGUAGUCAACCUUGGAAAUAAUCCUCAGCUUCACCUUCGUCAGUGUCAUCUUCUCUCUAAUGCAAAUAAAGCCUUUAUAUUUUCCUUUCGCAAGAUUCCUGUGAACAUGGACACUUCUAAACUACUGUGUGUUUGUUUUUUAAGUUCACUCUUAUUAUGACACAUGCACGUUCUCAGAACUACAUUGGGAGAAACUGAACAUUUCUUGAUUCUGGUACCACACACAAAUGGCACUGUUUCAGUUGUUUUCAUCAUUUCAGUUUAUUCACAAAUCUUUGCGCUGCAGUCUCCAAAUCCAAACUGCAUGUGUAAGAUCUAAAUCUGUUUCGCGUUUUGCCACUGUACAUUUUUUGGCAUAAUUGGCCAUUAAUACUAUAAUAAGAUGUCUAGGGUUAACACCUUAUCCCUUUUAAUGCAUAUGUAGGUUCUUCUAUAUGUUAUGUAAGUAACAAGCAGGUCUUAGUGAAAGGACUCAACUUUUUUUGCUUUAACUGUGCUACGACAUGAUGUGUUCAUUGAGCAUGCUGUAUGUUUACUUGCGCAGUAGUAUGCUGCAGUGCUUUAGAAAUAUUUUAGAUGUGCUGAUCUUGCCUUAAAGCCAGAGCUUCUCUGUUUGUUCAGUGCAUUUAUUUUUAUGGUUAAUGCUUUCCAAGCCGGUGUGGAAUUUUCUUUCAUAAUCGGCAUCUACUGAACUGUGAUUUGAAUGUUAUGAACUGUGCUAUUGCGUGAAUUAAUGAAGAUCAAUGAAGCUUUGUCUGUUGCAGAGCCUGAUGAAGGAACUUUUUUUGAAAAAAAAAUUCUUUUUUUCAGUCAUUGUAUAUGUAUGUGUACAUGAAGUGGUAGAAAGUUGUCUGUGUUUGUGUGCUUAUUGACCGAAAUCAGUUAUCCCUCUUCUGUCAUAGACUUUGUUUUAUUGACCAAUUAAGUAAUUUAAUUUAAUCUAUAAAAUGAAAACUACCUGGUUUGUUACUUUGUAUUAAAGGCUGAAUAAAAGUCAAUUUUAUAUUCUGUAGACCCAA